AGAGAAAAUUAAUCUACUAGAGAAAGUCAUUCCAAGAAGGGAAAUUCUGCCAGAGUGCUGGCCAGGUUCAGUAUUUUUGAGAAUGUUCCUGUCUUUGAAGAGCUUGGCUCCCACCACGCUCCGAGGUGCUUUCAUAUUUAGGAACUCGGUACUUCAGUAUCUAGUGUCUGUCUACAGAACAGAUGGGAUGCUUGGCUUCUGGGCCAGUGGAAGGAAAAAAAGCCUGGAUUUCUUCGGUAGGCACAGCGUCUGCCCAAAUUGGGAGCUGUAUUCCGGAAGGCCCUGCGCUAGGAAACUCUUCCAUGGUUUGCUCUAGCUAAGUAAAUGCACGUUUUGAGGUCGAGCGGUGUCAAGAAGAAAUUCAUACACAAUUCAGCUCAGAAGUCAGUCUUUAAGCCUGGGUGAGAGGAUCCUCUGGAGACCCCAAAUCCAAGUUCAUUAUCUGCAGAGUGGCCUGGACUUUGCUUCCCUCAGUGGGAUUCUGCCUACCCUGCUGGAAAGGAUUAGUCUUUUAGAGGGGCGGGGCCAGAGGCAGCCGGUGAAGUGGGGCAGGGCUUCGUUACUUCGCGGCCCGUCGCCUAGACAACCGACUGCAGCUAGAUGGAGACGGUACGCCGACAGCAAGCGGUACGGGGACAGCAAGCGGUACAGGGACAGCCAGUGGGACCGGAGCCGGGAACGCUGAGCCAGGAGCAGCUGAAGCAGUUGCGAGAUUUCAAGAUCCAGACUCGGAUCGAAAAUGAAAAGUACUUGAGGACCCACAAAGAGGUGUCGUUGCUCAUUAGCGGCUUCUUCAGAGAAAUGUUUCUGAAAAGACCAGACAACAUCCUGGAAUUUGCUGCACGUUCUAAGAUGGACCCGGAGCAGAAACCUCAGAAUCUCUGAGCCCUCCGUGGCUCCCGGAGCAUCAAGUGGGUCACGAGCACAGAGCCUGAGCAACCUGCAUGAGGCUUGCUUAGGAUGGUUUUCUGGCAUUCAUAAGGGCAGCGGGCCAGGGCGGGCCUCUGUGAGAACUGAGUAUAUCGUCCAGUGGAGACCACCAGUGAGAGCUGCUAGGACAAAGCAUCCGACCUUUUAGCAGAGUAAGCUGUUGUCCAGGCUUUCCCUUUCAGUGUAGAUGAUUCCGUUCCGAUUUUUCAUCCCAGACUAUUUCACGGAUCCAAGACUUCCCAACAGGAUUUACAUGCAGCUAAUUAAAGACAAGA